UUCCAAUCUAGACAGCAGUUACGUUGGUCGUGCCUCGAGACCCGUAGUUUCUUUUUUCGAGUAAUUAAGUAAAUAGUGAGUCGUAAACAGACUACUGUCAGUGUCAGAAUACUAAGCGUACAGUGACCUCCAGAAACAAUCGAAUCUAGUAACACGUGAUUCGUGACCCAGCAGGCAACAUCAAUCUACCCCACGGAUUAUCAAAACCAUAAAAUCACUCAACAGCCUACUGCGCGUUCCAGAGCGAGAAACGACAAAAAAGCAGAAGAAAAAGUUCAAAGCGCGCUAGUGCGCUCAUUUGUGUGCGUGCGAUCGUAGCAACCUACACGCACACAACUGUUUAAGCCGAAAAGCGGCCUACUGUGCCGUUCGCAAGCAGCGUCGUCAUCAUUUGCUGUUCGGCCGCGAACGAGUGUGCAUCGUGCUACAGCUACCCGGUCGGUUAGAAACGAAAACAAGAGAGAGUGAGAGAUUAAGUGAGAGAAGAAACAAGAGAGAGAGAGAGUUUUGACAGCGCGCGCGAACGAACGUGUUGGGACGUGUAUCUAUGUGGUGGUGAUUGUGGAAAGAGAAUUUUUAAUGCCGCUACGCGGUGAAGUGUGGUGCAAUUAAAGUGGGGUUGCCGGUGAAGAAUUGUUUUUAUUUUGGUGCGUUCGGAGCGUGGAACGGAAAUUGGAAGUGAUGAAAAUUUAAGUGCACUCUGGAUUACCCCCUCUGUUGGAUUACGCAAGCUGAUUGGAUUACCCUUUGGAUUAUCAGUAUGCAUACCUGUAAGGAUUAAACUGAAUAUCACACGUAGCUUUGUACAGAGCACAACAUGGUCCUGUUGCCAGCUGCGAAAAAGUCCGAAAUGGCUGGCGAGGGCACCAACAAGGUGGUGGCCAAAAAGGCCACUGUCGUCAACGGUCCAGUGUCACCGUACAAACCCAGCAAGAUCCAUCUGAGCUCGGUUAAUCCCUACAUCACGUGCAAUCUGUGCAAGGGAUACCUGAUCGAUGCAACGACCAUCGUCGAAUGCCUCCAUUCGUUUUGCCACAGCUGCAUUAUGAAACACUUGCGUACGGAGCAGUACUGUCCGCAGUGCGAGAUGAUGAUAAACAAAGCGAAGCCCAACAUCAAACCUGACGCUACGCUGCAAGCCAUCGUCUACAAGCUGGUCCCGGGCCUGUACGAGAAGGAACUGCUCCGGAAGCGGGCCUUCUACCGGCAGCACCCGGACCAGGCCGCCCUCGCAACGCCGGAACAGCGCGGCGAAGACACCGAACACCUCAUCUUCGGUCCCAGCGAGAAGAUCUCGCUGUCGCUGGAGUACGCUGAAAAAGAGCUCGCCGACGACAACGAGGAGCUGCAGCGGCCCAAAUGUCUGCUCUGUCCGGCCAACUUCCCCAUCGCCAGCCUCAAAAAGUUCAUCAUCUACAAGUACAGCAUUCCGACGCAUCUGUUCUACGUGGAGAUCAUGUACAAGGUGCACACGAUCACGCUGCCCGACCACUACACCCUGAUGGACGUCGCGUACAUCUACACGUGGAAGAAGGAUGCCCACAUGCGGUUCUUCUACCGGAUCCGGACGCACGAGAUGAAGUCGGUGGAGCUGCCAGAGGUGCCACUGCGGCGGUCGCCGAGCCUUUCCGGCGCACCCGGGCCUCGCGCGUUGGCCACCAUCAAGGAAGAGGACGGCACCGAUUGCAAAGACAGUGCCGCCGUUGAACUCAUCAAACCAAGUGACAUUAAGCGCGAACGGUCGGUCGAGGGUGAUAGCAAACAGCAGCAGCAGCAAACAAAUAGUGAAGUGAAUACGGUGGUGACUGAAGAAGUGGCGCCAGUCGUGCCGGUCGCUCCGCCGAAGGCGGUGGCGGAUGUGAAGCCAGCUCGUGAGGAGCCCAAAGUGAAGAAGAAUGAAUCGAUUAAGCUGAAGAUUGAGAUGACCAAAAACACCUACGUGAGCAUCCUGCAAAGUCCGCAGAUGGACGCGGCCAGCAAGCACCACAAGUCGGACCGGCCGGAGAAGGUGAAGAAGAAAAAGUCCGAGGAUAAGGAUAGAAGUGUCAACAAGAUUAAAUCCACCAGUGAUCUCAAGAUAAAGAUUGAAAAAGUGAAGGACGGACUAGUCAGUGUAAAGAAGGACGGUAAGAGUAGCAAGAAAGUGCCCUACAAGGUCGAGCUGAGCCCGGGGAUAAGUGAUUUGAAGAACAACAAUUUGAAAAUUGCACUGAACAAUGAAGUGGACAGCAAGAAGGCGAAGAAAGAGGCUCACAAGUUGGAUAAGAGUCAGAAGAAGAUGAAAUCUCCGAAACGGAUUCCGGACUUUGACAAAGUGCAACCGUCGAUCGUGCUCAAGAUCGAUCAGAAGAGUCCCGAACUGUCGACGUCGAUGCUGAAGAUAGUAUCACACCCGUUGGCAUCGUCAUCGCCAAAGCACAAACCCGAAACUACCAUUGAAGAUGAGAAAUCACAGUUCCUGAAUUCAUUCGAGCUCACGCCGAUCAAGUCCGUGAACGGUGGAAACUCUUCGCGAUCUCCGUCGAGCUCACCCGGCUCGAGUUCGUCUCCUCCGGCAACUUCAGCUGCAGAAGCAAAAACGGCUAAGCGAAAAAUGAAAGAAUCGGCGAGCGGACGUACCGUCACCAAGAAACCCAAACUGUCGGACGAUGAAAUCAAGGCUCUAGUCGAGCGAACCGUUCAGCAGAACAUUAAAUCGACUGCUGAACAAAUCGCUCCUCCACCAGCUGUGACCUCUCCUCCGGUCAAGCAGGAGGUUCUCAGUCCACCCGCUCCAGUUGUGGAAGCUCCGAAACCCAACCCACUCCCGGUCAAAACGGAAUCUGCACCCAAGGAGGCCCCCAAGCCGGAGUCGAAACCAAAACCGUUCGAUUUCAAGACCCCAGCGGUUCUUCCCCCGCCAAUCACAACCACAAACAUCCCGGCUCCGAAACCCGCUCAACCUGUGAUGAUCGCACCCAAACCCUCCGCUCCGGAGUCAUCCAAACGACCAGUGCCUUUGUUCCCGAAACCAAUACAACCAGCGAAGAAACUACCUCCCCUGUUGCCAAAAGACGUCGACUACAUGAAGAACAACAACAAGCAGAAGCUGAUGGAGAUGAAGCAACGCCCAACACCGCUCACCAUCUCCCCCAACAAGGACACCGAAAUCAGCCAAAUCAAGCCGGAAGACGCAGGCAAAAACAUCAAAGUGUACGGCCCGGACGCGGACAACUUUGCCGUUCCCGCUGCCCUACCUACGAUCCCCACCAAACCCAAGUCGAACAAGUCCCGGCCGGUAAACUACCUGAACUACGCCCUCAUGAACAACAACAAAGUCCCAGCCGGCUCGCGAACCCCCAUCCCGUCCUACUCCAACUCGCCCAGCUACUCGCCGGACUCACCCCAGUACAACCCCAACUUCAACAUCUCCACCAAGCAGUUCAAGUACGCGAACCCGCUCGCCUACGCCAACCACCUGCAGAACAUGCUGAACGAUCGCAAAACGGUGUCCCCUCCGCUUGCGGCACCACCCCAAGAACGGAAACCGGAGAACGAACGCAAGCGGCCCUGCCCGAGUCCGGACAGCAAGCAGGAACCGCUGGAGAAGCAGCCCAAGGUACAGUCGCUGCUCAACCAGAUCAACAUCCCCUCGUCGCUGUCGAUCACGCUGGCGACGGAGGAGGAUGAAGCGGCUCGGGAGAAGGCGCGCAAGAGCAUGCCCGAGGAGGACAAGAACUACAUCGAGAUUCUGAAGCUGCCGGAGAUUUCGAUAACGGAAGCGGAUCGGGCGACUCCGCCGAAGGUGGUGGAAGCGACGGGCAAGAAGGUUUCCAAGAGUCCGAGCCCGACCAAGGGGGAGAAGAGCAAGGUGGAGGGCAAGAAGUUUGACGCUGCGGACAAGACGUCGUAUCAGCAAAAGUACGUGCAAUCGAUACUCGAUAUGAAGCAGCGGGGCAAUAAAUCAAGCAACAAGGUUGAGAAGCAACCGGCUCCGGUGUUUACGCCUCCGACUUCGUCGCCAAGCGCCAUGAACAACUCGUUCAAGUUGCCGAAUGCUACGGUUUUGAGUAAUGGAAUCGUCAAGCUGAACUCGUACCCCGAGUUGGACCUGAUCAACAAGAACAGUGGCGGCAGUCCGGGAUCGAGUUCAAGGCCAACUCCUUCACCGCCGAAGCCCAGCAAGCACGUUCCAAUUGCGCCGAAACCAACCGGAACCUUUUUCCCGCCAACCGGAACGCCUCACAUUCCUCCACCGCAGCGCAAGAGUCUGUCUCCUCCGGUUCCGAAGCCGCUGGUGUCACCCAUUCAGCCCAAGUCCAAGACCCCGCCGAUCGUCCACUCCGGUUCUCCGUCGCACGCUGCCCUGGCGGCCAUGGGUCCAUUGUUCGGCAUCCAAAUGAAACCGGAGAGCUCCGGUUACAGCAAGAAACUGCAGGAACCUCGACCGAAAAAGACCUCGCAAAAGUCACCCCGCUCGUCCAACAACAACUCCCUGCUGGAUCUGUCCUCGUCGCCGACCGGUCCGAUGUCAGCCGCGACCGCGGCCGCCACCACAUCCCCAAGUGCCAUGGACAAGGCCAAGGAGCAGGCCGCCGCCAUGAACAUGCUCAUGAUGAACAGCAACGCCCAGAAGCAGAUCCACAUGAACAACUACCUGACCGAGCUGGCCAAGCUGAACAACCAGAACAUGAUGAUGCCCCAGAUGGUCGGACUGCAGCCGAACCCGGUGUUCAACCAGAUGAUGCAGGCGCUCUAUCUGCAGCAGUACUGCCGCAUGAGCAAGGCCAGCAGCGACAACCUGGACAAAUGAGGCUCGGCCCAAGGUUGGAAUUCCGGGAAGCGGCGGACCAUUGUGAUAGAUAUUCCUUAGAUGUGUGUUUCCUUCCUCUCUUUCUCUACGUUUAAAACGCAAAGGAAAAGAACAAAAAGAGUUAUCGGCAAAACAUCUUCAGACCAUUAUUUAUUGGAUUAGGUAUUUGUUGAACGUAUUCACAAAAUUGAAACCUCAUGCCGAUCCGGCUGUUACGAGGAAAAACAAAACCCAAGCAGCACACUCACACACACAUCAUGUAUACGCUUAUUAUAGUUUUUUUUGUUGUAAAUAUCUCAGUCGAACUUCAACUCUUCGUGGUCGUAAAAGUUGUGCGGCGGUAUUUGUGAGAGAAGAGAGGCAAAAACAGGCACAAACUCUAGAAAAAGCCUUGAACGAGAUACACACAAUCGAGCGCACUCAGUUUAGGAGGGAAACCCCUGAGCUGGGUUCGUACGUUCGUUAAUGUGGAGUUAAUUCUCACAAUUUCACAUCUUCUCGUCACAUUUUUUGUUGUUGUUGUUGCCGUUCUCUUCUCCGGUUUUUGCUUUUUCCAUUCAUGUCGUUCGCCGUAAUCUCACACGUAGGGCAUUUAUCUUUGUUUACAUUACGGCUCUCUUACGGCGAGAGUCGUCGGCACGGCACGAGGAAAGUCGUGCAUUCUGCCGGCUCUAGACGAUUCGCGCGAGCAAGUCAUGCUCAGGCUAGGGCGCUUCGGGUCGGCUUUCUUCUCGAGUGAAUUCGUUUGACAUUGGAGUGAGGCGCAUAAAGCCCCGCAGAGGAAAAGAAGAAGCCCACACAUUACAUAAGAAAGCAUCGAGAAGAGGGACUUGAGCGGGCUUGUUUCUCUUUUUUCUUCAGUUAGAACCGGGGUGUCUGUAGAAUAUCUGUACAGUAAAAUUGGAUGUAAAUUUUAGGCUAAUGCUAAGCGGCAUUGUAAAUAGGAAGAAUUAAUUAUCGCGCGUAGAACCCUAAGAAAAGCUGUAAACAGUUGUUGAAACCGCAGCACGUGCUGCCGGUGCCUGGCAUUAUGUUAUAUUUAUUUUGUGUUUAACAUUUUUGUUAUAGUUUUAAAACUACAAGCUAACUGCAAGAAAUCUAGAGUUUUGCCUCACUGAACCUUACUAGAUAGUCGAUGACACACAGACGGUCAGAAUAACUUAUGUGAAAAUGAUCAAAACAAUAAGUCAUAUGUAAAUUCCUAAUAGAUUGUACAUUGUAUAUUUCCUAGAUGAGAACCUUGAUAAUAAAACGAAAAUCAUUACAAAAAUAAA